AUGGCCACGAACAUCGAUGUUCCCGUGUGUAACGGCAUUGAGGCCGCUCCCUCAAUGCAGGAGCGCCCUGGGGUUUACGGCUGGCCCACAACGAACGAAAAUGGUUACACAAUUCAAGAGGUCCCGAUGGGCACUAAGUGCUUUAGAAAGGCAAUAGUCGUGGGCGCGGGUGCUUCAGGGCUGGAUUUCGCCAAAUUUCAACGGGAACGAUUAACCAAUUUUGAAUGUGUGAUCUACGAGAAGAACGACGAGGUGUCUGGUACCUGGACAGAGAACCGCUAUCCUGGCUGCGCUUGCGACAUUCCUUCCGUGACUUACCAGUAUACCUGGGAGAAAAAGAUCUGGUCGCAGUUUUACUCCGGUGCCGCUGAAAUAUUGGAAUACUUCAAGCACGUUGCCGACAAGUAUGAGCUACGACAGUACAUCAAACUUCGACACGAGGUCGUCCAUGCGCAAUGGGACGAGGACGCGGGCAAAUGGUUAGUCAAGGUGAAGAACCUCGCGGAGGGCACCGAGUUCGAGGACAGCGCCGAGAUACUCAUCAAUGCGUCUGGCAUCUUCAACUAUUGGGAGUGGCCCAGGAUAAAGGGCUUGAAAGACUACAAAGGUAUCCUAGCUCACUCGGCCAACUAUCCGGCCGCCCUCGAGCUCGAAGGAAAACGGAUUGCCAUUGUCGGCACUGGGGCCAGUGGUCUUCAGCUCACAGCGGCACUUCAAAAGAAGGCAUCUCACCUGUAUACCUGGAUCAGGACUGGCACGUGGAUCACUUCAAGUUAUGGCUCCAACUUUGCCGGUCCGGACGGCGGCAACUUCGAAUACUCCGAAGAGCAAAAAAAGAGAUUUAUCGAAGACCCAGAGUACUAUCUCAAGUACGUCAAGGAAGUGGAGUCAGCGCUCAGCGACCCCCUCGCGGUCCUCAAAGACACGCCCAUUUCAAAACUUGCACAGGAAUUCUCCAAAACUCUAAUGAAGCAGAAGCUGAGGGGACGGGAAGACCUAUUGGAAGCACUGAUACCGACGACAUUUCCCGUGGGAUGCAAGCGACGCACACCUGGAAAUGGAUACCUGGAGGCACUUGUUCAGUCGAAUGUCACCACUUUCUGCAAAGCGUCCCUGGAUGAGAUCACCGAAAAGGGAUUCAUUGAUCCCAAUGGUAACGAGGUCGAAGUCGAUGCCAUCAUCCUCGCCACAGGCUUUAACACCACUUGGGUACCACGAUUUCCGAUAGUUGCAAACGGAAAGGAUCUUCGGCACAUCUACCAGAAAGACGCGCUUUCGUAUUUGGGCGUAGCCGCGCCAUAUAUGCCCAACUAUUUCACGUUUUAUGGCCCGUACUCCCCCAUCGGACAGGGCAGCGUCUUGGCCAUGAUGGACGUCUUCACGGUCUGGAUGUUGCAGAUGAUCGAAAAAAUGCAAACCGAAGACAUUAAGAGCUUUGUCCCGAAACAAGACGCCAUUGAGGAAUACGGUGAACAUACAAAACUAUUGAUCAAGCGAUUCGUGUGGGAUGGGCCAUGUCGCAGUUGGAUGAAAUCGGGCACCAUCGAUGGCCCACCAAGUUCAUACGCUGGAACCAGGGCUCAAGCGCAAGUUCUCUCCCCUAUUCCCAGCCUUCUUGUUUGCUUACUGACCUGGCGCACAUAUAGUAUGGAACUUCUGGCAACCCCCCGAUUCGAAGAUUUUGACAUCAAGUACAAGAACCGCAAUAGGUGGCAGUUUCUAGGGAACGGCUUCUCCCUACGUGAUGUGGAUGGGAGGGAUAUCACAUGGUACUGGGGGUUCGUGGGCAAUGAAGACAAGCAACGAAAUUUCGACAUCUAA